CGCUCCUGACAACCUUUUCCGGCUUGCUGUUCGAAUGAAUGUUGUUGUUUGUUCCUAGGGCUAGAGUCCAACGUGCCAUCCCCACACCAAUUUUCAAAACCGAAUCAAGGAAUAAAAUCAAGAAGAAUUCGCGUUUCGAAUCAUUCAGGCGGUACGUUCUGACGACUACAAACGUUUUGAAAAUUGUGGCCGAUCUUCGAAAAUCCUUACCAUCAUGCCCGUAGAACAUUCGCCCGCCCCCUCCACUGCCGAAUCGGAUGCCCCGCAAGAUAUGGACGAAGUCAAAAGCGGCGAAGUUCCAUCCCAGGCCUCCCCAGUGGCAAGCUCAAAGAAGAUCACCAAACCUGGAUUGAGAUACGGCCUAAUCACGAGGAAGCGUCACCAAUUGGAAAGACUCAUGGAAGCCCCGGACAAUUUCGACAUUGUGGUUCGGGUAAGAAAUGAGUUCGAUGAUAGAUUGAGAGAAUUCACUGAUCUUUGCGAGAGAAUUCGUAAUGAAUCGGUCAGCAAUCCAGACGAGUUGGAAGAUUUUGACCGUUGGGCUUUGGACAAGAUUAUCAUUAGUGGCGAAUUUAUGGACGUUGUCAAUGAUUGGAUCAAAACCCAAAGAGUCGACAGCAACAAGGAAGAUCGCGUCGAAACCCCAACAGGAACACUUGCUGCCGACUCGGUUCCUCCUGCCCCAAGAAACGAUAUCGACAAUAACAACGCCAUCGUAGAGUUGGUAAAGCAACAGAUCGACACCAAUCGGUUGCUGUUGGAACAACACAAUAGAAGUAACUUGCCAAGGAUGGAGAUGUUUUGCUUUGAUGGAAACCCCCUCGAAUACAGCACCUUCACGAAAGCCAUUACGUUCAACGUGGAAAACAAGACUGGUGAUUACCAUGAUCGAUUAUAUUAUCUCAAGAGUUACACGCGCGGCAAGCCCCAAACUCAGGUCGAACAAAUCACCAAGUGCCUGGACCACCUCUUUAUGAAUCAGAGAAUGUCCCCACUGCUCUUAUCUUCUACACUUUUGGGGCACAAACUUAUCCACCUUUCGUCACAGGCGGCUACUAAGAACUACUCCUUGGCAGCCAAAAGUGUUUUCGAUGCAUUUCGUUGUCCUCUGAGUUUUAUAGUAUUUCAUAAUGGGACAGUCCGCACUAUUAUCCAUAUUCCUGUUUUUAUCAGUAGUCCAUUUGUUCUUCUCCAACACAAUCAUGCACCCAUCCUCUUGCAGCCCCCAAGCAAAACUAAACUGACAACAUCCUAUCUUCCACACAACGUCAUUGCAAUUUCAGGCAAACAAUACGUUAUCCUUUCUCAGACUGAAGUUAAUAAGUGUUUAGUUAUUUCUAGCACCUAUUACUGCCAUGUCUAAGGGCUGCGCCCCUUUACAUUUGGAUCUUGCCUCUCUGGGCUCUAUGCACAGAAUCAUUCCCAAAUUUUGCCUUAUUGUCGGCUGGAUGCAGUUGCUUCCAUUCCGACAUCCUGGCAGCUGGGCAAAAGAGAUUUCCUUGUGUACUACCCACACGUUGCCUCGAUUAGCGUUUCAUGUCAAAUUCAGGUGGUGGCUAAUUUGAUCUUUACAGGUUUACGUCUGGUUCACAUACCCCCACAUUGUCAAUGUGUAGGACAAAAUUUUCGCGUUCUGCCAAACUUUGUACAUGACCCCGAAAACAUUAUCUUCCAACCAAUAUUCUCAGGUUUCAAUUUUUCUUUGGCCAGCAAAUUCACUUCUCUACAACAUAAACCCCUGGAUAUUCCAGCUUACGAUCGGCCAGUAACAAUACAUUCUUACCCUUUCAUUCUAGGCCCUUCAAGCAUUAUCUUAUACUCUACUCAUUAUGUACCUUGACCAAUCUUGCGGUACUCAUGUUGAUACUGUUUCUAUUUUGUAGAUAUCGACAAUCAACUAACGCUCUUCUCCCUUCAUUUUCGGAAAAGCCAUAGUUCUGUUCGAUUUUUGUACAUGUUAUAUGUUUAUCUAUUUUAGCCACGGCUGCAUUUCUGAAAUAUGGGAGGGAUGUUGUGAAAUACCUUCGGAAGCGGGACGUAAUGGAUCUCAGAACCUCAUAAUAUAUAUGUAUUCUGGUUCGAGCGCGCUUAUGCAAAUGCAGCAAGCGCUCUUUUUGAUCUUCGUGUGUUUAGGAUAAUAAACGUACGACAACGGCAGUUGUCGACAGGA